UGGGCUAAAAUUCAACAGAAAACCUUUACCAAUUGGUGUAAUGAUAACUUAAAAGAGUCCGGUACCACGGUCCAAGAUUUAGCCAAGGAUUUAGAAGAUGGAAUAGUUCUAAUUAAAUUAGUUGAAACGUUAUCCGGUCGUAAAGUUGGUCGAUAUCAUCGUAAAGUCAAGAACAAGCCUCAAAAAUUGGAAAAUGUGGCUAAAGCGUUGAAAGCCAUCGCUAACGAUACAGUCCAAUUAGUCAAUAUCGGGAACGAAGAUAUCGUCAAUGGCAACUUGAAACUAAUUUUAGGCCUGAUAUGGAGACUAAUUUUAACCUACCAAAUUAAAGUCAAGACCGAUUCAAGCGACAAGCAUAAAGCAUCGGCGAAAUCGUUAAUGAUGACAUGGAUUCAAUCCAUCAUGCCAGCUUGUCGUGUCCGAAAUUUAAAUAAAGAUUGGAAUACAGGAAUUCCACUAUGCGCCCUUGUCGAUCAUAUUCAACCAGGUGUCUGUCCUCAAUGGACUAGCUUAGAUUCUCGCAAUCGAUUAAACAAUGCUCGAUUGGGCAUGAAUAUUGCCGAAGAGAAACUUGGUGUUCCACAAGUUUUAUCCCCGGAAGAUUUAAUUAGCCCUGAAUUAGAUGAUCUUAGCAUGCUAACCUAUCUAUCUUAUUUUACAUCAACACAAGAAUCGCCUGGCUAUCAAGAAGUAUUAAAAUUUGUAAAUAGUCAUCUUCCAGAAGAAUUAAACGUUGGAAACUUUUCAACUGAUUGGAAAGAUGGCAAAGUCCUACAUGAAUUUGUCAAUGCAAUC